GUAACCUCCGUCAAUGGACGAAACGACUGAAGCGCUACCUUCCUUAUUCGUUGGCGUUGACCUUCUACUUCAGUCAUUUCAAAGUACGAAGUAUUGGCUUCGUUCGUAUUUGUCUUAUUGCUCGCACUCAUCAAACAGCAUUCACAUAUGGAUGACACAUGCAGUAUUGUUAUUGAGGAUUUGGCAAAUACACAUAACGUGAAACCGGAAUCAGUGGAAACAUGGUUAGCACCAUUUGGUGUUAUUAAAUCUAUAUCUAUUUACCGACGUGUGAUCUUCGUGGAGUUCGAAAGUCCUUCAGCGGCGGAAAAUGUCAUAACUAGUGAAAAUGGGAAGAUGUUUCAGAAUAGUUAUGUGUCCAUACGAAGUCCGCAACCAUGGGACUUGAUGGUUGCUGGAGAUCUUGUUACUAAAUACGAGGUGCCAACUUCAUCUGAAGCCAAUAAAGAAGCUGAAGUGGAAGUAAAAGACGAAAAUGCAUCUAAUGGCAAUGUUCAUAUGGAGGUUGAGGAGGUAAAAAAAUUAAUCACACAUAUAAAAUAUUUGGAUAAAGAUGAACUCUGGACGUUGUAUAAUGCAUUACAAGAUAUGCGAAAUGAAAGGGGAGCGAAAACUAAAGUUAAAACUCUUCCUUCUGGUCGACCUUGGCUUGAUUCAAUAGGCAAAACUCUAUUCACUGAAAGAACUGAAACAUUGCACAAAUUAGAAUUAGAAGAUAGUAAAAUAAAUCGUCGUCGUUUUAUUCAAUGUGACAAACUAUACACUGAAGCCAGUAAAGAAUGUGAAAAAGCAUGGUUCAAUAUAAUUGACCAAGAAAUUAAUACGUGUAAUGCUCCUAUACUUCCGGAGGAUAUGAACAACAUAUCGUUCCCACCAGUAGUAGCAGCCCCUCAACCUCAGAUAAAUGGGCCUGUAUAUGAUUCCACAGGAUUUCUGAUGCCAUAUCCCAAUCAUUUUUCUUCAGAUACCUUGCUAUAAUGAAUAUUCUGCUGUAUAAUAUAUGCUUAACCAAAUAUAUACAUACUUUAAAAA